UAUGUGCUGUGAAUGUGUGUGUAGUGUGUGUGUAGUGUGUGUGUGUGUGUGUGUGUGUGUGUGUAGUGCAUGUGUGUGACUAGGUGUGUGUGUGCGUGUGCUGCGCCUCGGAGUCACCGUGGAGAGCUCUCGGGUGCAGCGCUGGCACCACAUCGCCAUGGACUCCGUGCGAGCAGCGGCUCUCUGCGCGCUCUUCUUCUUCCUCUGGAGUUUACCGUGCUGCCAGCCGGCCGCCAUCCUCUCUUCGCCCGCGCCGCGCAGGAGCAGGGCCAGCAGGAGCGCGCAGGACGCGCACAGGACCGCCAAAACUUUCAAAGAGACCCCCGCGUCCUCGGCGGCGCUCAGGGCCGAGCUGAAGAGCGUCGUGGAGCCGCACGACUACAUGCUCUCCAUAUACAGGACUUACUCCGCCGCGGAGAAACUGGGGCUCAACGCCAGCUUUUUCCCCUCCUCAAAGUCCGCCAAUACCAUCACCAGCUUUGUAGACAGGGGCAGAGACGACCUUGUUCUCUCUCCGUUGCGAAGGCAGAAGUAUCUGUUCGACGUCUCCACUCUGUCGUCCAAAGAGGAUCUGCUGGGCGCAGAGCUGCGGCUGUUCCGCCAGCCCCCCGCGGACUCUGCCCCCCCUGCUCCGGGCCUCUACACCCUCCACCUGUCCUCGUGUGACUCGGCUAGCCCGCUGCACUCCAGCCCCCUGCACCUGCCCGCCUCCCCUAAGGCAUCCUGGGAGGUGGUGGACGCGUGGGGCGCGUUUAAAAGCGGCUCUCCCGCGAGUCACGGCGGCCAGCUGUGCGUGGAUCUCUCCGUGACCCCCGGCCAGUCGGACGCAGAGCUCGACCUCCGGCAGCUGGGCUUCGGGAGGCGCGCGCGGCCGCGGCGCCACCGCGCCAUCCUGGUGGUGUACACGCGCUCCCGCAAGCGAGAGAGCCUUUUCAACGAGCUGAGGGAGAAGACCAAGGCGCGAGGCGACCCCCCGCCGGCGCUCAAGGCGAAGCGCAGGCGCAGAACGGCCCUGGCCUCCAGCCGCCACGGCAAGCGACACGGCAAGAAGGCCAAGUCGCGGUGCAGCAAGAAGGCCCUGCACGUGAACUUCAAAGAGCUCGGCUGGGACGACUGGAUCAUCGCGCCUCUCGACUACGAGGCCUACCACUGCGAAGGCGUGUGCGACUUCCCGCUCAGGUCGCACCUGGAACCCACCAACCACGCCAUCAUCCAGACCCUCAUGAACUCCAUGGAUCCGGGCAGCACGCCGCCCAGCUGCUGCGUGCCCACCAAACUCAGCCCCAUCAGCAUCCUCUACAUCGACUCGGGCAACAACGUGGUCUACAAACAGUAUGAGGACAUGGUGGUGGAGCAGUGCGGCUGCAGGUAGCGCCCCUCAAAACGACCCCCCACAAACCUCCCCUACACGCGAGGGGUCUUUUUUGUACUUUUAGGGCUGAGACGGGCUCACCUUGGAGGGAAACACACCCGAAACUGACACAUACACACACGAAAUCCGUGUCCGCACCCAGGUCAGUUGAAGCUGCUGAAAGUUUGAAGUCCUAAAAUGCAAAAGGGAGGUCGUUUAGCAACGUCCGUAGUCAGUUCAAGCUUAUGUUCUGUAGUCAGGCCUAAAUUUCCAGCAGACAGCGCCAAACAUGCUUCAUACCCUUUGUUAGUGAUGGGGCUUCACUGGGUUAAUACUGUUCAUCCCUCAGUUUAUACCGAAACAGGCUCAAGUAGGAACAUCCUAAAGUGGGACUGUCCCGGAAUAAAACGUCUCUCAGGCUAGUAAAGGUGCAAAAGGCAGGACUUUCUGGAGAGAAUCCGCGAGGAUGGAGUGACGGAAUGAUGGGCUGGUGAAGUGAUGGGGUGAAGGGCACCUGAAGGGAUGACGGCUCUCCCUCACCUGUUGCUCUGGCCUGUGGUGGUGGAGAGCACAAUGAGGUCAGUGAUCAGUUAAAGUGCUUUAUCACGGCUAGCGCGCACAACAGGGAAGAUGAAUCACCAUCAAACCCAAAAAUGCAGCGGUCUCAGCACCUCUACUAAAGCCCCUCUCUGUGCCCACUGAGGAGAAGCUCUGUCCAGAGCGACUGGGCAGAUACUCUGGUCAUUCAUCGUACGCAGGUCUCUGUAGCCUGCGAGCAACCAACUGUGGACAAAUUCAUUCGGGUAAAACGCAUUUUUUCGAAGUGCCUGGACGUUUGACUGCGAGGGUCUCAGUGUCUGCUAAACUAAGCGUCCACACAAAUACAAGCUGGACUCUGGAGAGGCGUGGACGAGCGGAACGCCUUCCUGAGCUGAAAAGGAAGAAUAAACACGUGCGUGCGCGCCCGCAUCUUCACUAAAUGCACUUCACAGAGACUGACUGGCCAAGCCGUGUGGUCAGGAGCCUUUUCCCCACCUGGCCACGGCGUGGAGGAAGACUCGUAAGCGAGAUUAUAUUUAAAUGCACAUUAGCUUCGAAUGCACUGUUGUUUAUUAUUUGAGCUGUAAAUAUUUUUGUAUAGUUAAAGCUCUAAAAGUGCGCGGAAUGAAGAAAUGCUCAGCCACAUUUCUUUGUAAAUGUACAUUUUUUAAAUGCACUCAAAUCGCUAUAAUUUCUAUUCUAUAAUUAUUUUAUUAUUUGUGAUGUACAGAGUUUCAUGAUAAUCGUGUAUUUCUUACAUUGAUAAAAAAAUUAAUUUAAAAAUGUAUUCAAUACUUGCUGAGGUUGGAAAUACCAAUAUCAAUGUCUACCUCAUUAUUGCAUAGAUUCUAAGUUUUGAGGUGCAUUCAGUUAGAGUGUAAAGUUUUUUUUUUUUGUUUUCAAUUCUAUAUACGAUAUAUCAAUGGAUAAUAAUCCACACUAUUGCUGUACUAAUAAAAUGAA